CUGCCUUGGCCGGGAGGUGUGGCCCGAGCUGCUGCUGAGUUUCCUAGCGAAGCGGGGAGCCUUCUCCCGGGCUGGACUGUCGCCUGGGUCUCCGAGGGCAGAGUUGGCUGAGCUGGACGCUGACGUCUUCUCUCUCCGUCUCAUGCUCUGACUAAUCUUUUCCAGGUGUCUGACUUCAGCCCGUUGGAGUCCUCAGCUAAGACCGCGGCCAUGCCGGUGACGAUGACAUCCUCUUCGGGCUCCCCGAACAUCCUGGGGUCCCCUGAGGUUCUGUGCCGCCUGCUCCAGCUGCUUUCCACCUGCCUGGCCUUCUCGCUGGUAGCCAGCGUGGACGCAUAUGUAGGGUUCUCGGGUGACUGGUGCAUGUUCGCCUGGUGCUUCUGCUUCGCCGUGACCUUGAUCAUCAUUGUGGUGGAGCUGGGCGGGCUCCAGGCUCCCUUCCCGCUCUUCUGGCGCAACUUCCCCAUCAUCUACGCCUACUACGCCACCCUCUUCUGCUUCUCGGCCUCCAUCAUCUACCCCACCACCUACGUCCAGUUCUUGAGUCACGGCCGCACCAGGGGCCACGCCAUCGCCGCCACCGUCUUCUCUUGCAUCGCGUGUGUGGCUUAUGCCACUGAGGUGGCCUCGACCCGGGCCCAGCCCGGUAAGAUCACAGGCUACAUGGCCACCGUGCCAGGCCUGCUCAAGGUGGUGGAGACCGUCGUGGCCUGCAUCAUCUUCGUCUUCAUCAGCGACCCUUACCUGUACAAGUACAAGCCGGCGCUGGAGUGGUGCGUGGCCGUCUAUGCCAUCUGCUUCAUCCUGGCCACCGUGGCCUUCCUGAUGAACCUGUUCGACUUCACCAACGCGCUGCCCAUCCCCUUCCCCAGCUUCCUGUCCGGCCUGGCCCUGCUCUCCGUCCUCUUCUACGCCUCGGCCAUGGUCCUCUGGCCUCUCUACCAGUUCAACGAGAGGUACGGCGGCUUCCCCGAGCGCAGGAGGGAUUCCCUCUGCAGUAUCAGCCACGUUAACUACGUGUGCGCCUGGGACCGCCGCCUGGCCGUGGCCAUUCUGACGGCCAUCAACCUGCUGGCCUACGUGGCUGACCUGGUGUACUCGGCUCACCCGGUCUUUGUCUGAGGCUGUCCCGGAGCUCCCGAUGCCCUCUUCUCUGAGAGGAUGUCUCUACUGGGUUCUGAUCUCCGAUGUCCUCCCCCUGGGGCUCCUCUCCCAUUUCUGUCUUCUGCUCUCCCCUGUCCGGUACUCUCUGUCCCCAUCCCUUCCUGCGUCUUUGGCUGCCCACACCCUGUGUUGCCUUUCUGUCCUCUCUCUCUCUCUCCUUUCCUCCCUAGUGGGUUCUUUCCUGGCGAUCCACCCUGUUUGCUUUCUCACCUGCCUUGUUUCCUGUACUACUUCUUCCCACUUCCCUUCUUCUGCUUUCCUUGGGAGCCCUGGGACUUCUUGGUCACCCCCAACUCCACCCCAACUCCAAAGGUGCUAAGCUCCACACCCCACAUAGCAGCUGGUCAGACCCAGGCCCCCUGAGGUGCCUCAUUGCCAAAGCCUGUGCCCAUGCUGGCUGUGCCUUAGUAGGUGUGUGUGUGUGUGUGUGUGUUCUGGGGAUGGGAGGGUAGCUAGGGAGGGGGACCCUUUUCUUAUAGUGGA